AUGGAGGAUGACAACAACAACAACAACAACAAAUCACAGCUGAUGCUUGAUGCAUCGGCGGUUUCCUCCAUCGAUGUUGCCGGCAAGAAGCGACUAAUUCCAUCUCCAUCUCUAUCGUCUAUCCUAACAAAGAUUCACGCUGGCUACUUUAGAAUCAGCCUCUCCCUUUGCGGCCAAGCCUUGCUCUGGAAGACCUUAGGAGAGCCCACUUCCCACCCUAACGCUCUCCAGCGCCUCAUCCACAUGGUUCCCUCCGCCUCCACCAUCUUCCUCUGGUCUCUCGCUCUCUUAGUCCUCCUUAUCUUAUCACUCCUCUACCUCCUCCGCUGCUUCUUCUACUUCAAAAUGGUGAAGGCUGAGUUCCUUCACCACAUCGGUGUCAACUACCUCUUCGCUCCCUGGAUUUCAUGGCUUCUUCUUCUCCAAUCAUGUCCCUUUAUUGGUCCAAGAACAGUUUGGUAUCUCCUCCUUUGGUGGGUGUUUGUGUUUCCCGUGAUCGUCCUCGAUGUGAAGAUCUACGGUCAAUGGUUCACUAAAGGGAAGCGUUUCUUAUCUAGGGUAGCUAACCCCACUAGCCUCUUAUCUGUGAUGGGCAACCUGGCUGGAGCCCAAGCUGCGGCUCAUAUGGGUUGGAGGGAGAGUGCGGUGUGCAUGUUCACUCUAGGCAUGGCUCAUUAUCUGGUGCUCUUCGUCACUCUCUAUCAGAGAUUGUCUGAGACAGACAGCCUACCGGUGAUGUUGCGGCCGGUCUUCUUCUUGUUCUUUGCAGCGCCGAGCAUGGCGAGCUUGGCUUGGGACUCCAUCUCUGGAAACUUCGAUACCUGUUCAAAGAUGCUCUUCUUCCUCUCACUCUUCCUCUUCACGUCUUUGGUUUCAAGGCCAGCCUUAUUCAAGAAAGCCAUGAAGAGGUUCAAUGUUGCAUGGUGGGCUUACUCAUUCCCCCUCACGAUGCUGGCCCUGGCUGCCACACAGUACGCACAAGAGGUUAAAGGUGGCACGGCACAAGGGAUAAUGUAUGGGCUAUCGGGACUCUCUGUUCUCGUCUCUCUCGCAUUGAUCGUCUCCACUGCACUAAACACCAGUCUGCUCCUUCGUGACAGAGAUCCAAUUCUUAACCCUCCUACGUCUUAACCUACAAUAAUGCCACCAUGACUUCACAAGGGGAAAGCAAAGAAGCUUAGAAUUUUUCAAGAUAUAUAUCUUGUAUUCAUUUUGCUCUCAUAUAUACCUUUCUUCACCCUUGUAAUUGCAAGAAGUGGGUCAUAAAUCCUCACAUGUACGUCUAAGUGAAUGUGCAUACAACAACGUAUCCAAACUUAAGAAACGGGUAA